CACAAGUGAGUUAAACGGGCCUCAGGAGUGUUCCGAGUAACGACCCUCCGAUGCCUAUGUAGAAUAGGUUCGGAUACAAAAGCACUAUGUGAAACCUCACGGUAAGGCAGCUUUGUGCUAUCGUGCCGCCGAGGACGACCCAGAAAGCAACCAGUACAUUAAACAAUCUACUCAGAAGGUGAUCAACGUCGAUUGCUUCUGACACUAGUGGUGGUGGUUUGGGAAAGUGUACAACUCAAAUGCUCAGAUUGAUAACAGCAGACGGAUUGGUGUAGAUGGUGGAGUGCCGCCGGUGAUUGAGACUCCACAGUCAUCGGCAAGUACGAAUAGCAGACCGGUAGUCACUCAAAGGUUGGAUAUGGCUUCUCCGAUUCCAGAAAAUCAUUACGGAUUUGAGCAAAAUCGGAUUAGAAAAAGGGUGGAUUAUGAUUGGGUGCCUAGCUACUGCCAGAAAUUUGAACAGGUUGGGCAUGAUUGUGAUAAGAUCAAGGUGGUUGAGAAGAGAGCUACUACGAAGAAAUGGGUUCCUAAGGUUCUUGUUCAGCCUACUGCACCUGCCAAUCCUCAGAUUGUUCCUAGGCAAUCUGUUACGACUGGUUGGUUUGUUCCGAGAAGGACUAUAUCAAGACAUAAAUCUGGUUCUCAUGUGGCAGCUCCUAUCAGAUUGGUAAUAUGCAUGGUUUUUUGCCUGUGGAUGAACCAGUUACGUUCUGGAAGAAAUUCAUCAACCUUCUGAUGAGAUGAUUGUUCCUCUUGAUAGGGGCGGGGGCCCUCCCCCCUUGAUGUCAACAUGAGGUUGAUUUCUUGGAAUGUGAGGGGCUGUAAUAAGCCUUUCAAGCUAAAGGAAAUUCAAUCCUUUUUGCUAAGUAAGAGGGUGGAUAUUUGUGUAUUGUUUAUAGGAUAUUUUAAUGAUGUGUUGUACUCCGAAGAUAGAUUUCAAGGCAAUCCUAUGAAUUUCUGUGA